AUGGCGAGCACCGCAGCCAGUUUCAGUGGCAGCCAGUUGCCAGUCGAGAUCAAGGCGCCCACGGUCCUCGGCGAGGCGUCGCACUCGGACGCCGACGAGAGCAUCGACAAGCCUCGGCCCCGGUUGCACGCAAAGACGUUCAUGGCUGUUGGCGCCGUCUGCCUCAUCUACCUUGCCCAGCUCGUCAACCUGGUCGGCGCCGGCGCUCAAGGGCAAACCAUUGCCGCCCACUUCAACAGCCCCGACAAGGUUCUUUGGUUUUCGGCGCCCGUUACAAUCCUCACCGUUGUAUUGGGCCCCAUUGUCUCCCAGGCCGCCGACUACUGGGGCCGCAAGUGGUUCCUUGUGACGUUGACCACCACCGGCGCCAUAGGCUCCAUUCUCGUCGCCCGAGCGUCGACCGUCGCCCAGGCCAUAGCCGGCUUCUGCGUCAUCGGCAUCUCUUUCGGCGUUCAGCCCCUCCUCCACACCGUCACGUCCGAGGUGCUACCCCGGCGGUGGCGCGCUUGGGGCCAGGCUGCCGACAUGGUCUCCAACGGCCUCGGCAGCAUCUGGGGCCUCCUUUUGGGCGGCGCUUUCAACCGCACCAACGAUCCCGCCUCGGACGGCUUCCGCCGCUACUGGCUCAUGACCAUGGCCUGGUAUGUCGCCGCCGUUUUGCUCUGUAUCUUUGGCUACAACCCGCCCGAGACGGCAGUCCAGAGGGAGUAUCGUGGUCGUUUCCUCGACAAGCUCAAGAGGCUCGACUGGAUUGGCUACUUGCUCCUUGCCGCCGGCCUCGUUCUCUUCUGCGUCGCCUUGUCUUGGUCCCAGAACCCAUAUCCGUGGACCGACGCCCAUGUCAGUGCCACCUUUGCCGUCGGCCUAGGGCUCGCCCUGAUACUCGUGGGCUACGAAACCCUGGUCAAGAAGGAUGGCAUGUUCCACCAUGGCCUCUUCACCCGCAACCGCAACUUUCCCAUUGCCUUGUUCUGCGUCUUUGCCGAAGGCGUCGCGUUCUUUGCCGCCAAUAUAUAUUUUGCCUUUCAGGUGAGCGUCUUGUACGAGACAGACGCUGUUUUGGUUGGCGUUCGCUACAGCAUCAUGCUCAUUUGCUCGAUGAUUGGGGCCGUGUUAGCCGGCCUGUAUUGCGACAUCACCCGCCGGGUGCGCUGGGUAACGGUCCUGGCCUUUAUCAUUUUCGUUGCCUUCUUUGCCUGCAUGGCCACGACAACUCGGGCCUCGGACAAGCCUGUCUGGGGUUACCCUGUGCUUCUCGGACUCGCCCUCGGCAUGACCCUGACCACGUUGGUCACCGUGGCCCAGCUGUCGACGCCGCCCCAGCUCAUUGCCAUUGCCAGCGGUCUCAUUAUCAGCGUCAGGUCCCUAGGCGGCACAAUCGGCAUUGCCAUUUACAACGCCCUCUUCACCUCUGAGAUGAGGCAUGUGUCCGAGCGUAUCGCUGGCGCAGUGCUGCCGCUGGGCCUGAGUUCCGACAACCUUGCGCCCUUGAUAGGGGCCCUGAGCGCUCGGAACCAGACGGCUCUACAGUCCAUUCCCGGCGUCUCGCCAGAAAUCAUUCAAGCUGCAAGUGGUGCUCUUCUGGACACGUACGUACUGGCUUUUCGGCACGUAUGGAUUGCUGCGGCGUGCUUUGUGACCGUCGCGGCCAUUGCUGCCGUCUUCCUCUUCGACCCCAAAUCAGAGUUCAACAUGAACGUGGAUGCCCCAGUUGAAAAGGAGAUGGAGCUUUACAGCAGCUCAAGGUAG